AUGCCAGCUGAAGAGAAACAAGCAGAGAAGACAGCGGAGAAGAAGCCCACAGAAAAGAAGGCCACCGAGAAGACUACCGAUAAGAAGACGGAGAAAAAGACCACAGAUGGAGGAGAGACUUUACCUCAGGACAACAACAUCAUCACGGAUGGAGGGCGGCUCGUCAAGAUGGAGGUGGACUACUCCACAACCUGCGAUGAGAAGAUCCCCGCUGCUCAGAAGUUGGCCAAGGAUGGGAGUGUGCAGGAGGCCGUGGACAUGCUGAUGGUGCUGGAGAAACAGACCAGAACAGGCGCUGAUGCUCACUCCACCAGCAGAGUUCUUGUUGCUGUUGUUGAGAUUUGCUUUGAUGCUGGUGAGUGGAACUUGCUGAAUGAGACCAUUGUGACGCUGACUAAGAAGCGGUCCCAGAUCAAGAUGGCGGUGACCAAGAUGGUUCAGAAGUGUUGUGACUAUGUUGACAAGACACCCAACAAGGAGGUGAAACUCAAGCUCAUGGACACAUUAAGGGCCAUCACUGAAGGCAAAAUAUACGUGGAGGUGGAGCGUGCCCGCCUCACUCAUAAGCUGGCCAUGAUGAAAGAGACCGAGGGAGACAUCACUGAGGCGGCCACCAUCCUCCAGGAGCUGCAGGUGGAAACAUUUGGCUCAAUGGAGCGCAAGGAGAAGGUUGAAAUGAUUUUGGAGCAAAUGCGCCUGUGUUUGUUGAAGAAAGACUUUGUUCGCACUCAAAUUAUUUCCAAGAAAAUUAGUACAAAGUUCUUUGAUAGUGAAGAAGUUGACAACCUAAAACUCAAGUUCUACAACCUCAUGAUUGACCUGGACAGUCACGAGAGUUCCUUCCUGAGUAUUUGCCGCCACUACCGUGCCAUCUACGACUCCAAGACUGUGCAGAAUAAUGAAGACGAGAAGAAGCGAAUCCUGAAGCAUGUUGUGUUGUUUAUCAUCUUAGCACCUUAUGACAAUGAGCAGAGUGAUCUUCUCCAUAGAAUUAAAGAAGAUAAGACCUUAGAAGAUAUCCCUCAGUACCGAGACCUCCUGCAGCUGUUCGUGACGGCUGAACUCAUCAAGUGGUCAGGUCUGUGCGAGGUUUACGAGAAGGAGCUGAGGUCGAGUGCUACAAAUGUUUUCCCAAGCAAUGAAGAUGGCAAUGAAAGAUGGACCAAGUUGAAGGAUCGGGUGGUGGAACAUAACAUUAGGAUGAUGGCAAAGUAUUACACAAGAAUUCACCUGAAGAGAAUGGCAGAACUUUUGGAUCUCUCCAUUAAAGAGAGUGAAGAGUUCCUGUGUCAGCUGGUAGUGUCAGGCACUGUGGUGGCUCGCAUGGACAGGCUGGAGGGAGUGGUCAACUUUGGCACCACCCCAGAGCAUUCACACCUUCUUAACAGCUGGUCUGAGUCUCUCCACCACCUCAUGGCCCUGGUGAACAAGACAACACAUCUGAUUAACAAGGAGGAAAUGGUACAUAAACAUCUGCUGCAAGUCAAAGAAUAAUUUCCCGCUCUAUACAUAUAAAUAUAUAAUAAGGUUUCCUCGCUAUUUUUUGAGGGAAUAUUAUGUAAUAUGCUAUUUUUAGUACAUAGGUGGAAGGCAUUUGUGUUAUUACCAUCCUUUAUUUUUCAGUCAGGGUGUCUUAAAAGAUAACAAUAUACAUAAAUGCUUAUCAUGCAAUAGCUGAAGGAAAUAUUUUUAAUCUUAACUGGAAUGCAAAGUAUGUUAAUAUCAGGAUCUAUGGAAAUAUUCUGUUUUGUAAUUAAAAUUUCACAACUAAA